UACCGAGUACUGAUCAGCUUGUGUUAGGAUAUCAGAAAGAGAGUUAACCUAAUUUUAUUAUAAGUCUGAGCUUUUUGGAGCUUUUUGACUUGAAAAUGGCCGAUAGUAAGUUAGUUGGCGAUUGCAAGAUCGGAAAACUGAUAAUUGAAGGAAAAACUAAACAAGUCUAUGAAUUGCCUUCCGAUCCAGGAAAUUGCCUUCUGCUUAGCAAAGAUAGAAUAACAGCUGGCGAUGGAGUCAAAGCGCACGACUUAAAAGGAAAAGCAGUAGUUUCGAAUAAAACCACCUGUAAAGUGUUUGAAAUUUUAAACUCAGUGGGAGUUCCAACAUCGUUUGUUAAAGCUGUCUCAGAUUCAGCGUUUAUAUCUAAAAAAUGUGAAAUGAUACCCAUCGAAUGGGUGACGAGACGCUUGGCGACCGGUUCCUUCCUGAAGAGACAUCCUGGAGUAAAGGAAGGCUAUAGAUUUGCUCCAAUAAAGCGCGAAACAUUUUUCAAAGAUGAUGCAAAUCAUGAUCCGCAAUGGUCAGAUGAGCAAAUUAUCAGCGCCGAAUUCAAAUUUAAUGGCCUAUUGAUCGGUGAAAAGGAAGUCGACUACAUGUCGAGGCUCUCAAUUUUAGUGUUCGAAAUAUUGGAGAAAGUAUGGCAAACGAGGAAUUGUGCCUUAAUCGAUAUGAAAAUCGAAUUUGGAGUAGAUAGCAAUGGAGAUAUAAUUGUUGCUGAUGUUAUCGACUCCGAUAGUUGGAGAUUAUGGCCCUCAGGUGACAAGAGAUUAAUGGUAGACAAGCAAGUGUACCGCAAUUUAGCGACUGUAACUGAUAAAGAUUUGGAUACAGUGAAGCGAAAUUUCGAAUGGGUCGCUGAUCAGCUCGACCAUUUGUUGCCACCAAGUGAUCAUCUGGUAGUAAUACUAAUGGGAAGUUCGAGCGAUAAAGACCACUGUAACAAAAUACGAAAGUAUUGUGAAGAAUUAGGGCUUGAUGUUGAAAUCAGAGUGUCUUCUGCUCACAAAACGACUGAAACCACUUUAAGAAUUAUCAGUCAUUACGAGUCUUUGAAUAUAAAGAUUGUAUUCAUUGCGGUGGCAGGCAGGUCUAAUGGGCUCGGACCAGUGAUCUCCGGCAAUACUGACUUUCCCGUUAUUAAUUGUCCCCCUUUAACAAAAGAAGAUAUAGACCGAGACAUAUGGUCGAGUCUCAACGUCCCAAGUGGACUUGGUUGUUCUACUGUGGUUUAUCCUGAAACCGCAGCUUUAGCAGCUGCUCAAAGCAUUGCUUUAUCGAAUUACUUGGUUUGGUCUAGAUUGAGAGUUCGACGCUUAAAUAACCACAAAACGUUGCCCCGAGCUGAUGAAGAAAUGAGAAACAGUAACUGAAUUAUUUAAAAAACGGUUCACUUAAGUAUAUAUGGCUAAGAUUCAAUAAACUAAUCAGUUUUGUUAUUAAAAUGAUCGUCUAUUUUUGAGGUUUUGAUUGAAACUCAAUAUCUCAGAAGCAGACAGUUUUGUAUUUUGCAAGUUUUCAGCAAUAAAAUCUAAGAAAAAUA